CUUUGGGGACAGUAGCGCAGCUUGUUGAAUGCAGGACACGUUGAGCGUCAGAGCCAAGUUCAGCUUUGGAGCGAGAGCCGGGAGUGCGCGAGGACUUCUCACGUCUCUCACCGCCGACAUGAAGUCUGCAGAGGAAGAUGCGUACAACUACACACCGAACGUCAGCCUGGCCGUUCCUCUUGGUAUGGGCAAUCCCUGUCUGCCCACUCAGUACCACACCCUACAGUCUAGCCCAGUCAUCUCAGUUUCCUCUUGUCACCAUACAGGCUACGGCCUUCAAAAUGACAACCAUCCAGUGUCUGAUUAUUACCUGCCACAAGGCUUGAGACCCAACGGUGCUCCAGCCCUGGAAAGCCCCCGUAUAGAGAUCACUGCCUACAGCCAGUACCCAGAAAAUGAGGUGGAAGAGAGCAGCGGUGAGGAUCACAUCAUCAAACGAGGUGUCAACUCCAUUGUCACACUGACACUGCCUAAUGCUGAUGGGUACCGUGAUCCCAGCUGUCUAAGCCCUGCCAGCAGCAUGUCUUCACGCAGCUGUAACUCAGAUGCCUCAUCGUAUGAGUCUGGCUUCUACAACUAUGACAAUUCACCACAGAACUCCCCUUGGCAGUCUCCCUGUGUUUCUCCCCGAGGUUCUUCCUCACUUCUGUCAUGUCCACAUGCAGUCGGUCCAGCAGCAGGCUCCCCUCACCAUUCGCCCUCCACUUCCCCUCAAAUAGAAGCAGUGGCAGAGGAGGCCUGGCUGGCCCAAUCUCGUGGAUCUAGGCCAAAUUCCCCCUCCUGCGCUGGAGGUGGUGGAGGGAACAGCGGGGGCAUGGGGAAGAGAAAGUACAGUUUUAAUGGCUCCUCCUACCAUCAGACACCCUGCUCACCUAUUCAGUCACCCACCCCUUCUCCACACGGCUCCCCCAGAGUCAGCGUCACUGAUGAGAACUGGCUCGCCAACACCAACCAGUACACCAACUCUGCCAUUGUGGCCGCCAUCAAUGCCCUAACCACAGAUGGGGUGAUAGACAUGGGGGAAGGAAUUCCAAUGAAGACGCGGAAGACCAUGCUGGACCUCACCCACUCCAUGAGCUUGAAGGUGGAACCUGGUGGUGAGGAUCUGGGACCAGAUGGGGAGAUUUGUCAUGAGGAUUAUCCCUCAUGCCUGGGACUGAAGAAGGAGAACUACAGUGGAGGGUUUCUGGAUGUGCCCCAACAUCCGUUCUCCUGGCCUAAACCCAAGCCUUACCUCAGUCCAUCUCUGCCAGCUCUCGACUGGCAGUUGCCAUCUUGCUCCGGCCCUUACAACCUACAGAUCAAGGUGCAGCCAAAGUCCCACCACAGAGCUCAUUAUGAGACAGAAGGAAGCCGAGGAGCCGUGAAGGCGCUGUCUGGAGGACACCCUGUUGUGCAGCUUUAUGGUUACAUGGAAAGCGAGCCACUCACCCUGCAGCUGUUCAUUGGGACCGCAGACGAUCGCCUCCUGCGACCACAUGCCUUCUACCAGGUCCACCGUAUCACAGGCAAAACCGUCUCCACCGCCAGCCAUGAAGUCAUGCAGUCCAACACCAAAAUCCUGGAGAUCCCUCUGCUGCCUGAAAACAACAUGAGGGCUAUAAUUGAUUGUGCUGGAAUCCUGAAGCUGCGCAAUUCAGACAUUGAGCUACGUAAAGGAGAAACAGACAUUGGACGGAAAAACACUCGUGUGAGGUUGGUGUUUCGCAUCCACAUCAACCAGCCCAACGACAGGACGGUGUCGCUACAGGUUGCUUCAAACCCCAUUGAAUGCUCUCAGCGCUCAGCUCAAGAGCUUCCCUUGGUGGAGAAGCAGAGCGUGAACAGUUACCCUGCCACUGGAGGCAAAAUGAUGCUUCUCACUGGCCUCAACUUCCUCCCUGAGUCCAAGGUGGUGUUCGUGGAAAAGGCUCAAGACGGGCACCAUCUGUGGGAGACUGAAGCCAAGGUCGACAAGGAUUCCGUCAAACCUGGUACCCUUGUUGUGGAGAUCCCCCCCUACAGGAAUCAAAGAAUAUCCAGCUCCAUGCAGGUUAACUUCUAUGUCUGCAACGGCAAGAGGAAGAGAAGCCAGUACCAGCGCUUCACCUACCUGCCUCCUAAUGUUCCGAUAAUAAAGACCGAACCCAAUGAUGAGUAUGAUUCUCUGGGAUCAGUUGGCCUGGCAAUGCGUUCAAAGCCCUUCUAUGGCCAGCCCAGGCUCACCCCCAUCAUGCCGGUUACUGAACCCGACAACUGCCUGGUUGGUGGCUAUCCUUCGUGCCCUCCUCGACAUGCUGCCAUGCCACCUUCAUCUCCCAGUUCCAGCCCUACCCUGCAUGAUUUGUCUCCUGUGGCAAACAACAAGUGCCUCCCCAACAGCCCCACCCAUGUAGCACCACCAGGCACUGUAGCUGCCCCCAUGGAGACUCCUUGUUGCCCCAGCCUUGCCCACCCAUUGUCUCCAGACCAUAAUUCUUCUCUGGUGAUGCUGAACUCCCAGGGGAGCCCUAAUCAUCUCAACAGUCCUGGACCCCAAGGUUACCACCAUUCCAUGUACGCUAACAGCAGCUCCUCCUCGUCACCGGUGUCCCACCCUUCCACUCCUGAAGGGCCUGCAGAAAGUCCGUUUGUUCAAGCCUACAGUCCCAGUCAGGCGCCAAGUAGCUCAGCACCAGCUGGAGGGAGUCCCCCACACCUGCUACCUGAAGAUGUUGGUCCACCCUCAAUGGCUAUCACUGUCAAGCAAGAGCCCCAGGAACUGGAUCAGAUGUAUCUAGAUGAUGUGAACGAGAUCAUCAGGAACGACCUCUCCACCAUUUCAGUGCACACUCAUGCGUAGAAAUCCAGAUGUCCUCUGCUACAGCACACACACACCAGACACACACACACACACACACACACUCCAGCAGCAAGAUCAACCCAACGAAGGACAAGAAAUAGAAACGUUGAGGUCCAAAUUAUGAAGAAGAAAAACUUUGACCAGGAUCUCCUACUUAACCAUCAUCUCUUCAUUGCUCAGAAACUUGCUGCAGACUCUCUGACAACCACUGACAAGCUCAAUUUGAAUAAACACAUUACAUUUGGAAAAAGGGAAGUGAUAUCAGUGGCAAAGUAUGUGACUGCACUUGCCUUAAUUCUCAGCAGAUGUUUUUUUAGUGGACCAAGCAGCUGAAAAAGACUGAAUUAGUCUCCUACAAAUGACAAUCUUCAUUUAAAGUAUGACCGCUGCGUCAGUGCAUGGACAAGCUAAUGGGACAGUAAGUGUUGGGCUUCGUCCCUUCGGUGGGUUUGUUUGUGCAGGUGGUCCGCAACAACCAAUCUGGUGCCUUACAGCAGAGAUACUGACAGCACACGUGCAAGUGGUUCACCCAAACCCAAAGCAGAAGUUUUUAUAUGAUGUUUUUGUAUCAUUUCAAUGAUUUGUUUACAGGGAAACUGAUUCAAAA